ACUCGGAUCAAACGACGCUCUCUCUCUCUCUCUCUCUCUCUCUUUCUCCGCCUGUGAGGUCGGCUCGACAGCGACGCAGCUUCAUUUCUUCUCUCUCUUUUGCUGUCUCUGUGCUGAAGGUUUUAACCUGCGGUAGCUUAGGGUUGAUAAGAAUGGAGGCGGCGAUGGGUCUGAUGCGAAGGAUCCAUCCAAAGAAAACAGAAACGGCUAUUUCAGCGCUUCUGAGUCUCCUGCCUGACCAAUCUUCUGAUCUCCUCUCUCAAAUAGAUCAGCCACUCCAGGUCUUAUGUGAUAUGGAUUCUGGAAAGGAGUUCUUAUUAUGCGAAUACAACAGAGAUGGCGAUUCCUAUAGAUCACCCUGGUCAAAUAAAUAUCAUCCACCCCUUGAUGAUGGACUUUACCCGUCUUCUGAGUUGAGGAAACUUGAAAUUGAGGCAAAUGAUGUCUUUUCCAUUUAUCGUGACCAGUAUUAUGAAGGUGGCAUUUCAUCAGUAUAUGCGUGGGAAGGUGAUCAUGGAGGUUUUGUUGCAUGCUUUCUAAUAAAGAAAGAUGGAUCAAAGACGGGCCAUGGCCGAAGGGGUUAUUUACAAGAAGGUUCCUGGGAUGCUAUUCAUGUAAUUGAGGUGGGGCCAGAGGAAGAAGGAACAACUCAUUACUGCUUGACCAGUACUGUCAUGCUGUCAUUGACCACACAUACUGAGUCAUCGGGCUCGGGCACAUUCAAUUUAUCAGGUUCAAUUAGAAGACAGAUGAAUAUGGACCUGUCAGUUGAAGAUGGUCACCUUUGUAACAUGGGAAGGAUGGUUGAAGAAAUGGAGAGUAAACUUAGAUACUCAUUGGAUCAGGUCUAUUUUGGGAAGACGAAGGAGAUGAUUUGCACUCUGCGACCACCAUCUGAAGUGGUGCAAUUGAGGAUCCCUGAUAGCUGAUGCACAUGGAAAGAUAGAAUAUAGUUUGUUUCUUUUCAUCUCAUCAAUGCUACGCAUGUUACUGAUGGGUAUUUUGAAUAUGAAUAUAGCUUACCCCUCAGUUUUGCUGUUGUACUUGAUAUUGUGAAUCUGUUUCUACAUUGUCCUGUGUAUUAAAAGGUGCAUGAUAGUUUCAAUAUUAGCACUGCUUUCCUGCCUUUUUUA